AUGAGUACAUAUCCGGAGUCGUCCGAUAGGCCUGUAACGACAUCAUCAACUGACUUGGUGAAUCUGGGAGCUCAACUGAGCGAAGUGCUAAACAGGUUCAAUGAACUGAAUAUGGAAAUGACAGCACAACGACGUGUAAUUGAUCAGCUAGUCACUGGGAGCAGCGGCGGUAUCCAGCGGGAACCCUUACCUGCCAAUCCAACUGAACCAAUACUUUUACCCUGUACUCAAACCUCCUUUACUCCACAUUUUGCAAAUCCGCAUAAGGAAACUUUUACUUAUUCCACUCCUGGCCUCCCACAUACCCAUGCGCCCACUACCCAAGCCAAUCCUCCUGACCUCCAAAUUUCCCAAAAUCAUCCAUCUGUAAAUCUGAACAUGCCACUUGAAUCUCAAGAGCCAUAUUACAAUUUCACUGUUGAACCAUUCACGCUGGAUACCGCUGUCCAAGGGAAAGUUGAAGCUGGGGGAUCCUUCGCACCAAUUGACAAGAAUUUGCUAAAAAGGUUGGAUCGGUUUGAUGAAUUCAUGAGAAAGAGUCAGGGUUUGAGCAAACAAGGGAGCUUGAAUUAUAACGAGUUAUGCCUGUUUCCUAACAUGCAACUACCCGUGGGUUUUAAAGCACCCAAAUUUAGCAAAUAUGACGGAACGGGCAAUCCCAAGACGCAUCUCCGAAUGUUUGCCAACAAGUUGGGCAAGCCAAUGGAUGACGAGAAUCUGCCAGUUCGUUUGUUUCCUGAAAGCUUAGAAGGCGAUGCACUGGACUGGUAUUCCAAUUUGAAGCCCGAGGAUAUGAGAACAUGGUUGGACUUAUCAACCGCUUUUAUAAGGCAAUACGAAUACAAUUGCGAGUUGGCUCCAACAAGGACCACACUGGAAGGAACUAAAAGGAAACCAUUUGAGGAUCACAAGACGUAUGCAAAAAGAUGGAGAAAAUUGGUUGCCAAGGUGGAACCCCCCAUGACUGAAGAUGAAAUUGUGCGUACAUUUAUUAAAACUCAUGACCCGCCCUAUUUUGAGGAGAUUUUUCGCAUGACUGGAUGUUCCUUCGCAGAAAUUGUUAAUAAAUUGGAAGAGUAUGAUGAGUUUGUGAGAGCAGGAAAGAUUGUUAAUGUGUCAGCUCUGAAAUCACAAUUGGAAGCGAUGCAAAAUCAAGACGAUAGUAGUAAGAAAUCCCAGUUCGAGAAGAAAGAGGAGGAAACUUCAUUUGUUUGGAACCAAGGCCUUUCUUUCUUACCUAGGUACCGACAAUACCCCACUUGUCCAUCCCAUUACUCAUACCAGUCACACCCUCGACCUGUCUAUCGUACUACCAUUAACCAUCAUCGACCCCGACCAAAUUAUCCAAACACACCCACAACACCAUUUCAUAUUUCUCCACCUAACUUCCAAACUAGACCUCGCCCUCCUUAUAAUCCCAGAUCUGUUCCACCAAACAAACAGAACUACAACCAUCUUCAAACCCAUGAAAUACAAAAUCCCGGCCGAUCUCGAGUUUUUACCAAUUUAGGCAGGCCCAUUGACCAACUGUACGAACAACUCAAGGCCGCCGGUAAAAUUGAUGACAUACCUCCUCCAAACUACCCUCGUCGAGGCUUCUCUGCUGGGUACGACCCUCAAGCCGCUUGUGCUUAUCAUUCUGAAGCGCCCGGUCACUCGACUGGUAACUGUUGGAUACUGAAGUAUAAGAUCCAGGAUAUGAUUGAAGCAGGAGAUAUAGUGUUAAAGGAGAGGGAAGAACAAGGAUCGAACACAAGUACGAAUCCCUUUCCCGAACACAAGGACACCUAUGAAACAUUUACCCCCGAUGAGAAAACUUGA